AAAGGGCGUCAAUGCUGGGCAGUUCACAAGACAGUCCUGUCAAAGGACGAAGAAGAGGGUAUUGUCCAAGUGAUUCUGUACCGUUUGAAGGUAGGUGUGUGCAUGACGGACGGUGAGCUGCGCAUUCUUGCACGCCAGAUUGCCGCAAAGGCAGGAAAGGCCAUGUCCAAAUUCUUUCCGUCUUCUAGAUGGCCUACGUGCUUUGCUGAUCGUCACAUCUACCGGCUGACUCUCAAAAAGGCCCAAAUCCUGGCCACCAAAAGCGCUUCGCAAAGGAGCGCAUUCAUUCGUACCACUUGCAGGAGGCUAUGGAAGGCCUAAGUGCUGCUCAAGUUUGGAACUGUGAUGAAACGGGGUUUUACCCUCAAGGCAGAACUCCAACC